AUGAUCAGCAAAAUUAAAAACUUCUUUUCUUCUCCGAGUCGAACCAAUGAAUCGGAUCAACAAUCCGACAUGGAUCGUGUAGGUUCUGCUGCUUCUUCCAAGAGUGGUUCUAAAAAUAAGAAUAACAAUGAUCGCAUGUAUCGUCCUAUUCAUGCAACGAAACAUCAACAACAACAACAACCCUAUCAUAUUUAUUUACCUUCUUCCAUCCUCUCUACCACAACAACAACAAGUCGUGAAUUUCAUGUCAUGAAAACCAAUACAUAUUAUGGACAUUCUUCUUCGCAACUCAACACCGACCCUGAAGGCUUUAUCAAACGAUCAUGUUUUCAUUCUGUAAAACUUCCACAAGAUUUCAGAAACAUUGCACAAAUAUUAUGUGUCUCUCAUAGAAUUUAUGUUCUCGAAGCAGGUAGUGGUCGAGUCCAUGUCUAUGAUAUUGAUAAUAAUUCAUCAAGUUUUGUUACUCCUGUUGGAUAUAUGAUGAAAUUUGAUGGAGAACGAUUAAAAGUAGUUGCCAUUCGAGGUGAUACUUAUGGAAUGCUCUAUUUGGUCUAUGAUUCAACAUUGAAUCGAUGUGUCUUGUAUGGUGGAGAUCAAAAUCAUUAUGACAAUGUUGGAGUGGAUGUUCCAAAACAUUCCAAUAAUUUAGAUUGUGCACUAGCUUUUGAUCCAUAUUGGGAUCAGAGUGGAGGUAUUGUGAAUCGAGAGAUUACUCAUGUCGAAUGUGCCUAUUCAUUGAGUUUUUGUGUGACCAAUCAUUGUGAAAUUAGAAUUAGUGGUCAAGUGAUUUGGUGUCGACCUGGUAACACAUCUACUACUUGGAAAGAAAUUGUAUUUACAACACGAAGACCAAUUAUUGAUUUACAAACUCAUAGUUUUGGUUUUGUUGCUCUUCUCGAUGAUUCGAGUAUUUGUGUGGGUGGAAGUAAUAAUCACUAUGAAAACAUGCAUUCUGCUACAGGAAGUUAUAUUGAUAUUCAGUAUAUUGACAAUUUGAAUUAUGUUCCAAAACAAAUUUAUUGUACAAGUUAUACAACGAUCGUUAGAACGAGUGAAGAUAAAUUUAUUGAAUAUGGAAGAGGGUUUGCAAAUCGAUCCACACAAACACCACCAAAUGGAACACCGUUUGUCAUUGAUAGUACUGCUGCACCAAAUUAUUCGAAACAAUUUGAAUCAAAUUAUGUAUUGGAUGAAAUUUAUUUGAAAGGUUCAAUGAUCGCAUCAUCGUAUGAGAAACCAGAUUUAUAUUUUUUAUAUUCUGAAGGAGGAGUGAAUGGUUUUGUGAAAUUGAGUGAUUAUUUUGAUCAUUCACUUGUUAUGAAUCAUCGAGUGAGAGGUGCUUGCAAUACGUCAUGUUUUGUUCUCUAUGUGACCUAUCCUGAUACGAGUGCUACAUUCACACAAAUGCACAAGAAAUUAUUUGAAAUUUUAUGGAGAGAAGAUGCUCCAUUGAGCGAUGUUCACAUUGUUGUGUCUGAUCAUCAUUAUGCUCGGAGUGAGAGUAUGUACUCUAGGGAGGAGGAGUCGAAUGACUGUGAUGAAUGA